AGGAUGCUUAUCGUUCUUCCAACACUCCUGCUUUUCCACCACCUUUAUGUAAAUGCUGAAUAUUCUAUUUGCCGAAUGAUGGGAGACCCUAGCUACCCGCUGCUGUCAAAGGAUGGAGACAUAAAUAUUGGAGCAAUUUUUGCAAUCCACAGUAAAUUACCAUUACCUUCAUUUGAGUUUACAGAAAAACCUCAGUUUCUGUCAUGCACCAGUGUAAAUCUACAAGAUUUUCGUGGUGCUCAAACUAUGAUCUUUGCCAUUGAUGAGAUCAACAAAAGUGAUAUGUUGCUCCCAAAUGUUUCAAUUGGUUAUAAAAUCUAUGAUAGCUGUGGUUCAAGACUGUCUUCUAUGAGUGCAAUUAUGGCAUUAAUGAAUGGUCAGGAGUUUGCAGCAGGAGACAGAUGCAAUGGACAGUAUUUUAUAAAUGCUAUCAUAGGGGAACCACAGUCCUCUGCCUCAGUGAUUUUGUCCAGAACAACAGGGUCUUUUAAAAUUCCGCUGAUAAGCCCUUCAGCCACAUGUGAGUGUCUUAGUAAUAGACAAGAUUUCCCCUCUUUCUUCAGGACUAUUGCUAGUGAUUAUCACCAGAGCAGAGCACUUGCAUAUAUGGUCAAACACUUUGGGUGGACUUGGGUUGGAGCUGUGAACAGUGACAAUGACUAUGGAAACUAUGGAAUGGCAGUUUUUUUAAAUACAGCACAUGAGGAGGGAAUUUGUGUAGAGUACUCUGAGAAAUUCCAGCGAACUGAGACAGAAAAAAUUAAAAAAGUGGUAGAAAAAAUAAAACAAAGCACUGCAAAAGUGCUGGUUGCAUUUAUGACUAGUUUUGAGAUGUACAGUCUACUUGAGGAGUUAAAUAUUCAGAACAUUACAGGUCUCCAAAUUAUUGGGGUAGAGGCAUGGAUGACUUCAAGUAGUAUGAUAGCUCCAAACAGUUUUCGUGUGCUGGGAGGAUCACUGGGGUUUGCAGUGAGAAAAAUCAAUAUUGAUGGUUUUGCAGAUUAUGUAAUAAAAGCAUUUUGGGACACAGGUUUUCCAUGUGAACAGAGAUAUGGAAAUACAUCUCAAUAUGAAUUGAAUUGCAGCAGAUAUCAGGACCUACUUAUGAUGAGAAAUUACAAUAAAGAUGUGCCUGAGCAAAGAUACUCAAGUAACAUCUACAAAGCAGUCUAUGCUGUGGCUUAUGCACUACACAGUCUACUGAAGUGCACAGAACAAGAAGGUUGUGAAAAAGGCCCAAUAAUACAACCACAGCAGGUGGUUGAAACGCUGAAGAAUGUAAAUUUCACUGUAAAGUUUGGAGAUCAUGUGUGGUUUGACAGUACAGGUUCCACAGUAGCCCAGUAUGAAGUUGUGAACUGGCAGCAGGACUCAGAUGGAUCAAUCCAGUUUAAAGCAGUGGGUUACUAUGAUGCCUCACUGCCUCCUGACCAGCGUUUUAUACUUAAAACUGAAAACAUAAUUUGGACUGGAGGACAACUGAAGAGGCCAAGGUCUGUGUGCAGUGAGAGUUGUCCUCCAGGAACUAGGAAGGCUACACAGAAAGGAAGACCUGUCUGCUGUUAUGACUGUAUUGCAUGCGCAGAUGGAGAAAUCAGUAAUGAGACAGAUUCAAAUAACUGCCAGCAGUGUCCAGGGGAAUACUGGUCUAAUACUGAGAACACUGAAUGUGUGUUAAAGGCUGUAGAGUUUCUGUCAUUCACAGAAGUUAUGGGUAUAGUGUUAGUCUUUUUCUCUCUGUUUGGAGUAGGAAUAACUGUACUGGUGGCCAUCCUGUUUUACAGUAAGAAGGACACUCCCAUAGUAAAAGCCAACAACUCAGAGCUGAGCUUCCUGUUGCUCUUCUCAUUGUCUUUGUGUUUUCUCUGUUCACUUACUUUCAUUGGUCGCCCCACUGAAUGGUCCUGUAUGUUGCGUCACACAGCAUUUGGGAUCACUUUUGUCCUCUGUAUCUCCUGUGUUCUGGGGAAAACAAUAGUGGUGUUAAUGGCAUUUAAGGCCACACUUCCAGGAAGUAAUGUCAUGAAAUGGUUUGGGCCUGCACAACAGAGACUCAGUGUUUUUGCCUUUACACUUAUACAAGUUCUUAUCUGUGUGCUUUGGCUAACAAUAUCUCCUCCUUUCCCCUAUAAAAAUAUGAAAUAUUAUAAGGAGAAGAUCAUUCUUGAAUGCAGUCUGGGUUCUGCUGUAGGUUUCUGGGCUGUGUUGGGUUACAUUGGCCUACUGGCAGCCUUGUGCUUUGUUUUAGCUUUUCUGGCUCGGACGCUUCCUGAUAACUUCAAUGAAGCUAAAUUCAUCACAUUCAGUAUGCUCAUAUUCUGUGCUGUAUGGAUCACAUUUAUCCCAUCUUAUGUCAGUUCACCUGGGAAGUUUACAGUAGCUGUGGAGAUAUUUGCUAUUUUAGCAUCAAGCUUUGGCUUACUAUUCUGCAUAUGUGCCCCUAAAUGUUAUAUCAUUCUUUUUAAGCCUGAACAAAAUACAAAGCAACAUUUGAUGGGAAAAACACAAACUAAGUCCUAA